CUCUCUCUGUGUGCUGGGUCUGGAUGGAAAAGCUUACACAGGCAGAGGAGGAAACAUGUCAUGAGAGGUGAUGACACAGCCACGGAGACGUACGCAUAUCCUCACUGGCUCCUGGGAUUGCUCCUCGCUGUUGUUUAAGCCGCUGCUGUCAACCUUCUUGCAUCCCACAGAGGAGAGAGAAAGAGUGGGAGGCAGGGCAAACGAGAGCUGCCAGUCUCCCCCUACAGCUCUCUAUCUUCCCAUCUUUUUUCACUUUGUUCGUGGAUGAUGGGAUUUUAAUCAUGUGGAAGACAUCUGAGCGGCUCUUCUGGAUUUUGCUGACGCUACACCCGGUCCCACCUGGCCUCUUCUGAGCAGGAUGGACACUCUGGAGUCAGAGCUGACCUGCCCAAUCUGCCUGGAGCUAUUCGAAGACCCACUGCUGCUCCCCUGUGCCCAUAGCCUGUGCUUCGGCUGUGCCCACCGUAUCCUCGUCUCCCACUGCGCCACCAACGAGUCUGUCCAGAGCAUCGGUGCUUUUCAGUGCCCCACUUGUAGGUAUGUGAUUUCUCUGAGUCCGGAGCGCGGAUUAGAAGGACUCAAGAGAAACGUGACCUUACAGAACAUCAUCGACAGAGUUCAGCGGGCCUCCUCCUCUGCUGGGCUUCCUCUACCGCUGCCGUUGGCCGGCCCCCACAGCGGGCCCAACUCUCCCAGCGAGGAAGGGAGCAACCGGCUGGCUCUGGUUCCCGUCAGUGCCGCCAUGUCCAGCCCGGAAACUCCCCCGGAACCAGUCCAGUGCCAGUUCUGUGAGCAGGACCCACCCCAGGAUGCCGUUAAGACGUGUGUGACGUGCGAGGUCUCGUACUGCGAGGAGUGCCUCAGAGCAACUCACCCGAACAAGAAGCCAUUCACCGGUCACCGGCUAAUUGAGCCAAUGCCCGGUUCCCACCUCAGAGGGCUCCAGUGCCUGGAGCAUGAGGAGGAGAAGGUGAACAUGUACUGUGUUACGGAUGAUCAGUUGAUCUGCUCGCUGUGCAAACUGGUUGGGAGGCACAGGGAUCACCAAGUGGCAGCCCUAAGCGACCGCUAUGAAAAACUAAAGCAAGCCCUUGACUCCAACCUGAGCAACCUGAUCAAGAGGAACAACGAGCUCGAGUCACUUAUGGGGAAGCUGAUCCAGACUUGUCAACAUGUUGAGGUUAACGCGUCACGCCAGGAGGGCAAGCUCUUGGAGGAGUGUGAUGUCCUGAUUGACAUCAUUCAGCAGAGGAGGCAGAUCAUUGGCAGCAAGAUUAAAGAGGGGAAGGCUCAAAGGCUCAGGAAGUUGGCCCAGCAGAUUUCCAACUGCAAACAGUGCAUCGAGAGGUCCUCGGCCCUCAUCACACAGGCCGACCAGACGCUGAAGGAAACCGACCACGCUCGCUUCCUGCAGACGGCCAAGAGCAUCAACGAGAGGGUUUCUAUGGCAACGGCAUCAACGCAGGUGCUGAUUCCCGAGAUCCACCUGACAGACACCUUCGACACGUUUGCGCUGGACUUCACUAGAGAGAAGAAGCUGCUGGAAAAUCUGGAUUACCUCACAGCUCCAAGCGCUCCGUGCAUAAGGGAAGAGCUGUGCACGGCUUCAUAUGACACCAUCAGUGUCCACUGGACGUCUGAUGAUGAAUUCACGGUUGUGUCUUACGAGCUCCAGUACGCCAUCUUCACUGGACAGUCCAAUAUUGCCAGUCUAUGCAACUCACUUGAAAGUUGGAUGAUUGUUCCCAACAUCAAGCAAAACCACUACACAGUGCAUGGUUUGCAAAGCGGCACCAAGUACAUCUUUGUUGUGAAGGCCAUUAAUCAAGCAGGAAGCAGAAGCAGUGAACCGGGGACUCUGAAAACAAACAGUCAGCCAUUCAAACUGGAUCCAAAAUCUGCCCACAAGAAGCUUAAGGUUUCCCACGAUAACCUCACAGUGGAGCGAGACGAAACCACGUCCAAGAAAGGGCAUAGCCAGGAUCGAUUCUCCAGCCAGAGCAGCUACGGCGUGGUGGGGAACGUCUACAUCGACAGCGGCCGUCACUACUGGGAGGCUCUGAUUGGAGGGAGCACAUGGUACGCUAUAGGCAUCGCCUACAAGUCCGCCCCCAAGCACGAGUGGAUCGGCAAGAACUCUGCCUCUUGGGUUCUGUGCCGCUGCAACAACUCCUGGGUGGUCCGUCACAACAGCAAGGAGCUGGCCAUCGAACCCUCACCUCACCUGCGGCGGGUCGGGGUCCUGCUGGAUUACGACGCCGGAUGCGUGGCUUUCUACGACGCCGUGGGCUCCCAGCACCUACACACCUUCCACGUGUCGUUUGUGCAGCCUGUGUGUCCCGUGUUUAAUGUAUGGAAUAAGUGUCUGACAAUACUCACCGGUCUCCCCAUCCCUGACCAUCUAGAGGGACUAGAACCAAGCAACUGAGGGCUACAGAACAAACUCAGAAAAAAAAAAAAGUCACCACGUUCGAGCUGCACUGGGCAACAUUUACUGAAGCAGUUCUCUAUGGGUAGAGAGUCGUGUACGAUUAUGUAUCCAGAGGCAGGGACAGACCAGGCACAAAGAGACAGUUUUCUCACCCCAGCUAUCAAGCAUGCUUAAAAUAAACAACAACAACAAAUAAUCAACUAGGCCGUUCUGCAUUUGGCGGCCUUUUAUCCAGACCAUAACAUUGUGUAUUUCCAGAAAAAAACUGGCUCACAGUUCACAUUUUCACAGUUACCCAGUGCAGCAGCUGUACCUUGCAAAAGUAUUCACACCCCUUCGUCUUUUUCCACGUUCUGCCGCACUACAACCACAGAAUUUCAAUACAUUUAAUGUAACAAAUUAAGUUAGUGCACACAUUGCUUAUUUGAGGAUUGGGUUUUUAGUUCUUUAGCCAACAACUUCGACCGGCUUCCCUUUUCGUGGUAACCCAGUUCUAAACCAGACCACCUUUUGAUACCUGCUAGCUCUGUAUGGCAGACUGGCUUUCUGUCAACUUUCUUGGUUUGGUUAAUGCUUUUUGUUCAGCAUUUUCUAACGAACCUCUGAGGCUUUCACUGCAAACCCAUAUUUUUUAAGCUCAGAUCAAAUUACACAGGUGGACUGGUUCUUGGGUGUAGUCGGAUGAAAUUGGUUGUGCGCGAUUUUCUUUGGGUCCGUCAGGUUAAAGUGGGUGAAUACAAAUGCAUGCCACACUUCUCAGAUUCACAUUGGUGUAACCACUUGUAAGCCAUUUAAAUCUUAUAUUACACACCACAUCAUGUGCAAAUCUGUGUUGAUCCACUGUGUAAGAUCCAAAUUGUGGUCAUCAUGAAAAAGUUCAAAGGGGUGUAAAAACUUUAGCGAGUUGCUGUACAGUGGUGUUACAUUUAAGCUUACCUAGAAUAACUUUCAAUAUACUACUAAUCAGGGCCGUUUGUUUUGCUGAACUCUGACAACUCUACGACAAGCAGGCGUUGGAUUAGAUAUUAUUUUGUGUUUUGAUGGAUAUUUUAACUAUUGCAAAAAAGGAAAAAAAGCCACAAUUUAAUUUCUAGUUGUGUUUUUUUAAAUGAAUCAUCUCGUCAAAAAUAGCACUUUGAAAUUUCCAGAAAUACACAAAACGUAUACAGGUAUAUUUACAUUUUAAUUAAUCUUUGUUGCUGUGAAAUGCAGAAGAUGUAUAUUUUGUACAUUUGUCGUACCCCACAAAGCCCCUUUAUCUUUUUCCUAUUUGUUUAACGAGGAACCAAAGUAGCCAUGGCUAUCUGUUUAGAUAAAUAUAUGAUACUAAAUGCAGAAAUAUUUUUUAAAAAUGGUACAAGACACGAAAUGGAAAAUAUUAAUUGCUGGAUUCCCAAUAUAGAUUUUUUUUUGCACAUCGUUUACACUUUAUUCAUGGGUUUGUAGCCUAAAAUGUUACAUUUUUGUGCAAUUUACAGUCUUACUGGGAGAUGUGUUCUUUCUGACCUAACGUGUUCAUGUUAUUUUGUGAUCCUGACUUUAUGUGAUGUUUGAUGGCGAAUUGUCUUACAGUGGCAUCCCCAGGAUAUUAUUAAAUAUGAGGGUUGAGAUGCACAUUUUGGUGUUGAUUUGUUUGUAACUUUGCAACAUUUGACACGCCUGCUUUGCACUUGAGUCCUUGUCUUCAUCUUCAGAGUAUUAGAAUCUAAUUUGUUAUUUUUCUUUAAUCAAAUGAAAAGACAUUGGUUUGGAAAUGUCUCUAUAGAGCGACCAAAAGCUAAAUUAAAUUAACUCAAUAAUGCUACAAAAUAUCAAGACUAUAGAGUCCAUACUGCAAUGUAAAUGUAAACCAUGCCAUGCAUUUCUCAUUAAGAUCAGGUUGUUCAUUAUUACAAUUCACCAUUUACCCUAUGAAGGAUAACUGAGGGUUUUGGGAGGUCUCCUUGGUAAUACAUUGCAUUGUGUUCCCCAGUAUCUAAUGCAAGUAUAGUGCUUCAUUAAAUGUGUCUAUUUGACCCAUUUUAAAAUGGUGUUCAAUGUUCAGUCUCUGUGAACACUUGUGGAAAAAUCAGGAUUUUAGUACGUGCAACACAGUUUUCUGGGAAAACAAUAGCAAAUAAACAUUUUUCGUUCUCACUUUAAA